AUGUCAGAUCGCCAAGACCCUGCGAUUUCUGCCGAACUUAAGGAAUGGCUUUUCUCAACUAUCGCAGAGUCCAUUCCUAAGGCUCUGGCAGCCUACCAUGAACGUAAUCCAGAGGUACACCCCUCUACACAACAACCCUCUGAUUCUGAGGACUCCCAUAUCUCCGACCAAGAUAGCGCCCCGCGCAAGAGACCCUGGAAAGGGAAUAGCGCUACUGCGGGCAAGGGCAAAGCUCCUGCUAAGGUCGUUAAACACUCUAACCCUUACGUUUCACAGGCUACAGACCCUCUAGAGGGUUCUACUUCACAUUUGUCUGGCCAUAUUCUAAGUGACUAUGACCCCAAUUACUCUGAUGAGGAUCCCAUGGUGAAUGCGCCCCAGGAUUCCUCAACAUCGGAGUUUGUGAAAGAAACCUUCCUAAGUCAAGACCACAAGAGUAAGGUACCUGACUUAGACACCCUCCUGGAUGCUUCAGGCCUUCCACUUUUUGAUCCAAGGGUGAUACGCCACCCACGCUCAGCAGAAUGGGCUCCCCCAGAUCAUAUUGCUAAUUUCUGUAAACUGUGGCUUCGCAAGCCCCUCGAAAAAGAAAUCAGAAACAAACUAAGGGCUGAAUGCCCGAGACCUACUAUCCCAGGCAAAGUUGCCUCUACCCCUGAAUUUGACCCCAUGCUGGUCACCUACUUAACAAAAUCUGGUAAAGACCCUCGUAAGGGUAUUGAACAGGGUUUGAAAGCAACCCAAGACAAAUUAUUAGACAUUUCAGGUCCUAUCAUACAAAUAUUUAUACUCGCAGAUGAGGCACUCACCAGCGGUGAACUAGACCCGCAUAUUAUAAGAGAAUGGGCACAGAGAGCCCUUUGCUUACUGGGCAACGCCAAUACGGCUAUUUCAAUUGAGAGACGCAAAGCGACACUGUACAAAAUCGAUGCCAAACUAGUAGAUUUGAGCACUAAAGAACUAGGCCCAGAGGCCGAUGGCCUUCUAUUUGGUAACAGUUUCAUGCGAGACCUCUCCAAGCAUGUCUCAGUUUUUACCACACUCAAUAAAGCCCAGUCCUCCCUACGUAGGGUGUUCCGUUCCACUACUCAAAAUUGUUUUUCUGGGAGAGCUGGUCGCUCAAGGGCCCGAGCUACCAGUAGAGCAGCCUUUACAGGCUACAGGCCCCGACCCACAGAGUAUUGGUCCACAGGAUACUCACGACCCUACCACAGGCAGCUGUUCAGCACCAGAGGCUCAAUUCGAGGACGUGGCUCUGCAUCCCUGCGCGGACGCACUGCUUCAGGUAAUGGACCUUGCUUAUUUGAAAAAUGUAUCAAUCGCAGGUCGAUUAACAUUCUUUUUCCAACAGUGGAAACUUCUUUCUCAGGAUCUUUGGAUCCUUCAUACAGUCACAGGUUUCAAAAUAGAUUUUAUCACACAUCCAGUUCAAUACUCUCAACCGACACCCUUAACGAUGUCAAAAGCAGACACUCUAACCUUGAACACAGAACUGACAAAUUUGGUACACAAAGGGGCGAUCGAACCUUCGCCUUUCCCUUGCACCUUCCUAAGCAACAUAUUUCUGGUUCGGAAAAAAACGGGGGACCACCGUCCCAUUAUCAACCUCAAGGCGUUGAAUCGCUUUAUCAUAUACCGUCAUUUCAAGAUGGAAGGUAUCCAUCUUCUCAGGGACUUGCUCUGCGUGGGAGACUGGUUCUCCAGAUUCGACCUCAAAGAUGCUUAUCUGACGGUCCCUAUAGCACCAAGUCACCGUGCCUUCCUCCAAUUCCGAUGGCAAGGCGACAUUUGGCAAUUCACCUGCCUUCCAUUCGGACUUUGCUCUGCUCCUUUGUGUUUCACCAAGUUGAUGAAACCGGUCAUGGCACUCCUUCGUUCUCAGGCCAUACGUUCAAUUAUAUAUUUGGACGAUAUCCUGAUCAUGGCACAAGAUCAACAAUUACUUCGCAAACACACACACAUGACCUCUGCCCUCCUUCAAAACCUAGGUUUUGUCAUAAAUUACCAGAAAUCAGACCUGGUACCUUCUCAAAUAGUCCAAUUUCUGGGUUUUCAGAUAGAUUCAGUUCAAGCAACUCUUCAGUUACCCUACUCCAAAAUCAAAAACAUAAAACGAGAGAUUCAAAAAUUACUCAAGUCACAUCGACCUCGGCUCCGCGAGCUAGCACACAUUCUGGGUCUUCUGUCUGCAUCAAUUCAGGCUAUUUUUCCAGGGCCCUUGCAUUACAGAGCAAUGCAACGGCUGAAAACCUCCUAUUUACAUCGCUCAACCUCUUACGACCAAUUCAUUUUCCUAACGGACGAAGUUCUCAUCGAACUUCACUGGUGGCUUCGCAACAUGGAAGCCUGGAAUGGGAAAGCGAUUUUCGGAUCUCAACCAGAUUUUAUUCUGGAAUCCGAUGCCAGCCUACUCUGUUGGGGUGCUACGUGCGCCCAAUCGCACACAGGAGGUCUCUGGCCCCCUUCAGAACAGGCACUUCACAUAAAUUGUCUCGAGCUCAUUGCCGGAUCCUUUGCGAUCCGCAGCUUUGCCAAAGAAGCAUCCAACUGCUCUCUGGUACUUCGGAUGGACAACAUUUCCGCAGUACGAUAUGUAAACCGACUCGGAGGGUCCAAAUCGAAACUACUGUCAGACCUCACCAAGGAUCUGUAUCAGUUCUGCCAAGACAGGAAUCUGUCUAUUUGGGCAGAAUAUCUCCCAGGACCCGACAAUUUAGUUGCGGAUUGGUUUUCACGUCACUGGAGGGAUGCCAGCGACUGGCAAUUAGAUCCUCUCCUAUUCCACCAUAUUCACCUAUUGCGGGGACCGCUCACGCUCGACCUCUUCGCGUCUCGACUGAAUCGUCAAACAGACGAUUACUUCAGCUGGUUACCAGACCCUCUAUCCCUAGCUGUCGACGCUUUUCUCCAACUUUGGCCACGGAGCGGAGCCUAUGCCUUCCCUCCUUUUUCCAUGAUUCAACGUGCUCUCCACCAGGUCAAAUCACAGGGGGUCAGGAUUGUGAUAGUUACCCCUCUAUGGCGGGCCCAGACGUGGUUCCCCACUCUUCUGGAACUUUCCACAGAUUACCCCAUCCUUCUACCUCGCUCACAUCGGGUUCUCAAGAACCCAACGGGCGACUACCAUCCACUAGCCCUACAGGGCCAUCUUCAGUUAGUGGCCUGGACAGUUUCAGGGGUGCCUGGCAUGUCGCAGGACUUUCAAGCACUGCUCAAACACUCCUGUGGGAUUCAUGGGCCCCAGGAACCAGGCGCACCUAUCUCGCCGCAUGGCGAGUUUGGGUCAGCUGGUGUCUGGAGAGGGAUUUCGAUCCCGUUUCAGCAUCUCUCUCAUCCAUUCUAAAUUUUCUAUCAUUCCUUUUCGAUCAGGGUAAAUCAUACCGGUUGAUUAAUAUUUUUCGUUCCGCCAUUUCGGCGGGACAUGACCCCAUUGAUAACUCCUUAGUUGGGAAACAUCCUUCCGUGUGCAGACUUUUACGAGGCAUUCGUUUGACGAGGCCACCUUCUGCCAAAUACUCUGACUUCUGGGAUAUAUCUCGAGUCUUCGCACUAUUAGAAUCCUGGCCACCUAACGAGGCCUUAUCCCUUCGACAGCUCUCUGCAAAAUUGGCCCUGCUACUGUGCCUGGUGUCCUUCCGCAGAGUUUCUGAAGUUCAAGCUUUUGAUUCACACGCUAUCUCCUUCACACCAGAAGGGGUCCGAUUUACGAUUACUAGGCACACUAAGACGAAUUCCUCGUCUGUCUUUUACCCAUACUUUCCCGACAGGCCGGCCCUCUGUGUGGCUCUGUGUACUCAUUGCUACACAGAGGCUGCCGUCCUACGUUCUCCUACCGGCCCCCUUUUCAUCUCUUACGUCAGACCUCACAAACCGGUCUCUUCCCCCACUAUCGCUCGCUGGAUAAGAUGGUUACUUAUCCAAGCGGGAAUCGAUAGCUCAUUUGGGGCCCACUCCGUUAGGGGAGCGGCCGCAUCCUCUGCCUUUCGUGCCGGCAGUUCUCUAGCGGAUAUUUUGUCCUGCGCAGAUUGGUCAAGAGAAUCUACCUUUCGGAUUUUUUAUUUUAAACCAACACAAACACAUGCGGCUUGUUCUAUUAUUCGAGAGCAUUAAAACAGCAAAUAUGAAGCCUCCUGUCUUGCCAUAAAAUUAGGGAUUAUUCUAGCUUUUAGUGAACGAAUAAUCUGAAUUUUAUUAAAGACAGGAGGCGAAUAUUUUCCCUCCCUUCGUUCAUUCCGGAACCCACCCUCGAGGUAAGUCUCAUAAUCAAUAAAUAAUGUAUGAUACCAUUAUUACAUACAAACCUGCUAUAUACGAUUUGCUCACCUUUGUGGUUAUACACCUAUCUCAUAGAGUACUGAUAGAUCUUUAUAUUUUGAUUUUCUGCCAAUUCGUCUGAACUAUAAUUGGACAUAGGGGGUACAACUAUAUAUAUUUUUUUCUCUUGUCCGAGAAACCUUACUUUCACGAAGUCUCUUUUUUCUUUUAGUGUGAAGAUCUCAAGUUUAUUCGAUCAACUUUCCGUUUACAUGGUUGA